AUGGAAAAGCCAGCCAGUGUGUCCCACACCAACACCAGCUCCAAGAACAACCGAAAAAAUGCAGGAAGUGGUGGAGUUAAUCAGGAUGAUGUACUGGCCAACAAACUGUGGGUGAAGGCCAUUGAAAGGGAAAACAGAGCACGUCAGAAGUGGGACGACAACUGGUCCUUCCUCGUCGAUUAUUACAGAGAAACGCCAAAACUAGAGCAGAAAGAAAACUCAAACUUGAAAUGCGAUCAAGAUAUCUUUAGCGAAGGUUCAAACAAAACAAUCUUCAAAACAGAAGCAAGCAAAUAUGGAUCAGGCCUCAACACAAAUCUGGGUCAGGUCAUCUCAUCGCUGCAAGCCAACCUGACCCCUAAUAAGACUGGCAGUUUCAUUGGAUGCAUUGCUUUGCUUGGAAUCUUUCAAUAUCAAAUACUGCUUAAUGCGCUCUGCUCGGCUCAUCCAGUUCGACAUCUAGCAGAGGAUAGAGUGGUUGUAUUGGAGUUGGAAGAAUAA